AUGAUUGAGCAACCUGAGCCACAGGUGCUGCGGAAGGACCAGUUGGAAACUAGCCUGUUCAACGAGCGACAGUUGAUCGGUGCUGGAGAGCUCAAGGAGGACAACCCGUUGGACCUAAGUAAACCGUUUCGGGAGCUAUGUGAGGCGUGUCGAAGAGGCGAUCUUAAGGCCUGCCAGGAGAAGAUAACUGAGGGGGUGAACAUUAAUGGCAGAGAUUUAUUUGACUGCACUCCCCUAAUACUUGCUAGUCUUUGUGGUCACUACGAAGUCGUACAACUUCUCCUUGAUUCUGGUGCUUUAUGCGAACGAGACACUUUUCAAGGCGAAAGGUGUCUCUAUAACGCAUUAAACUCGAAGAUACGAAACCUCCUCCUUGAAUACGACUAUUCAAAAUCAACGGAUCCUCUCCAGCCUUUCGCAUCUCACAUAACGUCGUUGCUAACUAGAGACCAUCCUCAAACAUCGGACAUCGCCGUUACAGCAGGCCAUGAGACUUUCCACCUGCACAAGUUCAUAUUAUCUGCACGAUCGCCAUAUUUUCAUAGGAAGCUUUCUAUAGCUCCAGAAGCGGCUUCAUGUAAAUUGCCAAACACAAUACCACCUCCGGCAUUCAGUGCAGGGAUAAGAUACUUAUACUUGGGCGAUGUUCCGCGAGAUCUUAGAUCCGGACCAGGUGCCGGCGGCUACUCAGAGACAGAGGUGUUUGAAGGAAUAGAUAAGAUUGCCAACCAUUUAGAACUCCGCGGCCUAGUUGAUACCAUUCUGGACAGUGGUGACAGGAGACUGACCAGGCAGAGAAGAUCAGACGAGGUCAGCAAGGGUCGAAAGCAGAUGGAAUCAUGGUUUCAAGACAAUAUCGUCAAGCACAAAGUGGUGAUUAACACCGAUAGAGCAAAUGAGGUGAAAUGGCCGCGUGAUAACAGCAUCUUCGCCGAUGUCCUCCUUCGAGCUGAUGAAGAUGUCACUGAAGAUGAAGAUUCAGAAGAAAUCGAAAAGGGCGAAAAUGGAAGUCCUGAAGAUGGCAACGGCGGUAUACCCAUUGGGGGCUUCUCCCAACUAUCUUUGGAUGUCCCGGCGAAGAAGUCUAAAAGGAAAUCGGUACUUUUCCCUGCUCAUCGAGCAAUGCUUCUACGUUCGGAGUUUUUCUCGGCUAUGUUUUCAUCCAGCUUUCGUGAGGCUCAGGUUACAAACUAUUUGCAAAUAAUACCAAUCGACUGUUCACCAGAGGUAUUAGAGAUAGUCCUCACUUUCUUAUACACCGAAAAGGCAGACUUUCCUCUUGAAAUUGCAGUUGAUGUCCUAUUCGCUGCGGAUCUACUGUUGAUCGAACGGCUGAAAACAAAGGCAGCCGUCCUUAUUAGCACACUUGGAAGCGGAAACAUUACAUCUUUAGGAUCAAAGCCGUCGGCAGACACCAAAAAAUCAAGUCCAACGAAGGAUGGGAAAGAAGCAGGAGAAAGCGAUGAUAUAAUCGACGUCUAUGAAAUUCUCCGUGCAGGCUGGUUGAUGCGCAUCCAGCGUCUCGAAGAGUUCGCUGCCCGAUACUUUGCUUACAGGCUAGAAGCGCAUAUCGACAAGCCUGAGUUUGCACAGUUGGUCAUGGAGUCAGCCGAGCGUAUCCAAAAACGGCAAGAAACUGAUUCCAUCGAGCUGGUGGAUGAUAUACGCUAUUAUCUUUCCGAACGAUUUAGACUACGUUUCGAGGAUUCCGGUAUAGAUAUGUUGAAUUCCGAGGAUAAUCCAAAUGAGGGCAAUUCAGCGGAAAAUGCCAACACGCCUUCAAACUCCUCCCCCGAAACAAAUAGCAACGGAAAUCCGAUAUCACCUACCCCUUUGUCACCACCGCCUGCAUCGUAUAUCAAAAACCCUAGUGAUAAAGACUUUGCCAGGGAGCAGCCAGCGGAAUCAAAGAAAAACCUCAGCUCAGGGUCUUCUAAUAAUAUAAAUGGAAGGAACGAGCAAAACAAUACCGGUGGCGUCAUUCGGACCCUGGAUGGACAGGAGGCUGGAGAUGAAUUUUCGAGAGAUGCUAUUGAUUAUGAGCUUCUCCUAAACAAAUUGGAUCAGCUACUUGAGAGACUGGGCUUGGAUGGCUAA